CUUCAUUUCAUUUCAUUUCUAAACAAACAAAACACACACACACACACACACACACUCGGAAUCGAUAUUCACCUGACCUUCUCACACCGAGCGAUCUAUACCUAGCCAUGCUUCGCCACCUAUGUUCCCGCAUCAUCAUCAAUCGCCCCACCACUUUCUCCGCCGCCGCAAUCCGCCGCCCGUUCUCGACGGAAGUAGCUACCGAUCCAUCGGCCGGAGACGAUGCGUUUAUAGAAUCAUGGAAGAAAAUGGUCCCAAAUAUUGAUCCACCAAAAACACCGAGCCAAUAUAUGGCAACUCGCCCCCCAACACCUUCCUCUUUGCCCACUAAACUCACUGUUAAUUUUGUCCUUCCUUAUUCAUCUGAACUCUCCCAAAAAGAGGUUGACAUGGUCAUAGUUCCCGCAACAACUGGGCAGAUGGGUAUUUUACCAGGACAUGUACCAACAAUUGCAGAACUAAAACCCGGUCUUCUCUCAGUGCAUGAAGGAAAUGAAGUGAAUAAAUAUUUUAUCAGCAGUGGCUUUGCUUUUAUUCACCCAAACUCUUAUGCGGACAUAUUAGCCGUUGAGGCUGUUCCCCUUGACCGACUUGACCCAGCCCAGGUACAAAAAGGCCUAAACGAAUUCACUCAGAAACUCAGCUCAGCCACUACUGAUGCAGAGAAAGCUGAAGCCCAAAUUGGAGUGGAUGUUCAUAGUGCUCUCAACUUUGCUCUUACAGGUUAGAUUAAGGUGUGAGUACUAUGAUUUCUUUUGUGCUCAUUUAAUAAUAGUUCUCUCUAAACUUUCUUGUGGCCAAUUUAAUGGCUGCUUGGAUAUGUCAUUGGGAGGAAAGACUCGCCGUUUUUGCUUGUUUGUGGCGCAUAUGUUAAAUGUGGGAUGAUGUAUCACAUUGGAUAUCAUAUGUAUUUCUUGUUUUUGUGGAAGGUUGGAACAGAAUGCUGAGAAAUUAUAUUUGCAA